AACGGCACUAUGGGCUUCUCUUCGGAGCUGUGCAGCCCCCAGGGCCACGGGGCAGUGCAACAGAUGCAGGAGGCCGAGCUUCGUCUACUGGAGGGCAUGAGGAAGUGGAUGGCCCAGCGAGUCAAGAGUGACAGGGAAUACGCAGGACUGCUUCACCACAUGUCCCUGCAGGACAGUGGGGGCCAGAGCCGGGGCCCUGACAGCCCCAUCAGCCAGUCCUGGGCCGAGAUCACCAGCCAGACAGAGGGUUUGAGCCGGUUGCUGCGGCAGCAUGCGGAAGAUCUGAACUCAGGGCCCCUGAGCAAGCUGAGCCUGCUGAUUCGGGAGCGGCAGCAGCUGCGCAAGGUCUACAGCGAGCAGUGGCAGCAGCUGCAGCAGGAACUGACCAAGACCCACAGCCAGGACAUUGAGAAGCUGAAGAGCCAGUAUCGAGCCCUGGCACGGGACAGUGCCCAGGCCAGGCGCAAGUACCAGGAGGCCAGCAAAGACAAGGACCGUGACAAGGCGAAGGACAAAUAUGUGCGCAGCCUAUGGAAGCUCUAUGCCCACCACAACCGCUACGUGCUGGGUGUGCGGGCCGCACAGCUGCACCACCAGCACCACCACCAGCUCCUGCUGCCCAGCCUGCUCCAGUCGCUGCAGGACCUGCACGAGGAGAUGGCACACAUCCUGAAGGAGAUUCUGCAGGAAUACCUGGAGAUCAGCAGUCUGGUGCAGGAUGAGGUGGUGGCCAUUCAUCGGGAGAUGGCUGCAGCUGCUGCCCGCAUCCAGCCCAAGGCUGAGUACCAAGGCUUCCUGCGACAGUAUGGGUCCGCCCCUGAUGUCCCCCCCUGUGUCACCUUUGAUGAAUCACUGCUUGAGGAGGGUGAACUACUGGAACCUGGGGAGCUGCAGCUGAACGAGUUGACUGUGGAGAGCGUGCAGCACAUGCUGACCAUGGUGAGGGAUGAACUGGCUGUAGCCACUGAGACGGUGUUCAGCCGGCAGGAGGCAGUCACUCAGCUGCAGCGCGAGCUCCAGAAUGAGGAGCAGAAUACCCACCCCCGGGGGCGGGUGCAGCUGCUGGGCAAGAAGCAGGUGCUGCAAGAGGCGCUGCAGGGGCUAAAGCUAGCACUGUGCAGCCAGGCCAAGCUGCAGGCCCAGCAGGAGCUGCUACAGACCAAGCUGGAGCAGCUGGGCCCUGGCGAGCCCCCGCCCGUGCUGCUUCUGCAGGAUGACCGCCACUCCACGUCAUCCUCGGAGCCGGAGCGAGAGGGGGGAAGGACGCCCACGCUGGAGAUCCUUAAGAGCCACAUCUCUGGAAUUUUCCGCCCCAAGUUCUCGCUACCCCCACCACUGCAGCUUGUUCCUGAGAUACAAAAGCCCCUACAUGAGCAGCUGUGGUACCAUGGGGCCAUCCCACGGGCAGAGGUGGCUGAGCUGCUGAUGCAUUCCGGGGACUUCUUGGUGCGGGAGAGCCAGGGCAAGCAGGAGUACGUGCUGUCAGUGCUGUGGGACGGCCUGCCGCGGCACUUCAUCAUCCAGUCCAUGGAUAACCUGUACCGAUUGGAAGGGGAUGGCUUUCCAAGCAUCCCCUUGCUCAUCGACCACCUGCUGUGCUCCCAGCAGCCCCUCACCAAGAAGAGCGGUAUUGUCCUGCACAGGGCGGUGCCCAAGGACAAGUGGGCAUUAAACCAUGAGGACCUGGUGUUGGGAGAGCAGAUUGGACGGGGGAACUUUGGUGAAGUGUUCAGUGGACGCCUGCGAGCUGACAACACCCUGGUGGCAGUGAAAUCUUGUCGAGAGACGCUCCCACCUGACCUCAAGGCCAAGUUUCUACAGGAAGCAAGGAUCCUGAAGCAGUACAGCCACCCCAACAUCGUGCGUCUCAUUGGCGUCUGCACCCAGAAACAGCCCAUCUACAUCGUCAUGGAGCUUGUGCAGGGGGGCGACUUCUUGACCUUCCUUCGGACAGAGGGAGCACGCCUGCGCGUUAAGACUCUGCUGCAGAUGGUAGGGGAUGCAGCUGCUGGCAUGGAGUACUUAGAGAGCAAGUGUUGCAUCCACCGGGACCUGGCUGCUCGGAACUGUCUGGUGACUGAGAAGAAUGUCUUGAAGAUCAGCGACUUUGGGAUGUCCCGAGAGGAGGCUGAUGGGAUCUACGCAGCCUCAGGGGGCCUCAGACAAGUCCCUGUGAAGUGGACUGCACCUGAGGCCCUUAACUACGGCCGCUACUCCUCUGAGAGCGAUGUGUGGAGCUUUGGCAUCUUGCUCUGGGAGACCUUCAGCCUGGGGGCCUCCCCCUAUCCCAACCUCAGCAAUCAGCAAACUCGGGAGUUCGUGGAAAAGGGGGGCCGCCUGCCCUGCCCAGAGCUGUGCCCUGACGCUGUGUUCAGGCUCAUGGAGCAGUGCUGGGCCUAUGAGCCUGGGCAGCGGCCCAGCUUUAGCACCAUCUACCAGGAGCUGCAGAGCAUCCGAAAGCGGCAUCGGUGAGGCUAGGGCUCUCUUCUCAAGCCAGUGGCCUCUGCCGGAAAAAGGGUACCUCCUCAACAGCUCCAGUUAACACCAUCAGACAGCUCUUCACAGUCCCGGACCCCAGCCACCAGCAUCCGAGCUGCUCUGCAUCCCUGCUCCUGCCAGGGCUUCCUCUUGCAGGCAGAAAUAAUAAAGUGAGUUGUGCCCAUGGAA